CUGCUGUCCUUCGGCAUCGUAGAAAACACCUCGUCACCAUUCUGGGCCAUGAACGCUACAGAUUCUACAAGAAUGGCCCCUGCGGCGCUUCUGAAAGGCGGCCUUUUGCUAGCCAUAAUCCUCCUGGACAUCAGCGGCAACCUUAUGGUCUUGAUGGCCGUUUUGCUGAACGCCAACUUGCGCACAGCCACCAACUGUCUCAUCGUGAACCUGGCACUCGCUGACCUCCUGCUUGGCGCAAGUGUGCUGCCCUUCUCGGCGGCGCUCGAAAUCUUUGACAAACAGUGGUACUUCGGUGAAAUCUUCUGCCAUGUGUGGGCAGCCACAGAUGUACUCUGCUGCACAGCGUCCAUCAACAGCCUGUGUGUGAUCAGCGUGGACCGCUACGUUGGCGUCACACGGCCGCUCACCUAUUCGAGCGUGGUGACGCACCGGCGAGCCCUGGUUGCAUGCGUCCUCGUCUGGCUGCUGUCAGCUGUCAUAUCUGUGGGGCCUCUACUCGGCUGGCGGGAGCCUCCUCCUGCAGAUCCGUUCGUCUGUGAAGUCACGAAGCAGACGGGUUACGUUGUUUUCUCAGUCUGUUUUUCCUUCUACGUUCCGACAGCGGUGAUCAUUGUCCUCUACUACCGCAUCUACAGGGCAGCCACUCGCCAGACAAAGUUCCUGCGCACUGGCGUCAAGACUAUAAAAGGCGGUCAGCUGACUCUACGAGCGCACACGCCAUGUAUGGCGGGAGAUGAUGCGUCAUCAGCUGGCGUCCAAGGCCGUCUUGCUAAGUUCAAGCGUCAGAAGAAGGCAGCCAAAACGCUCGGAAUCGUAGUCGGCGUGUUCAUAAUCUGCUGGUUUCCGUUCUUCUUCUUGUUACCACUAGGCACCCUGUGCGAGCAAUGCACCGUGCCGCCGCUGCUGUUCGAUUUUUGUUUUUGGAGCGGGUACCUUAACUCCUGCCUAAAUCCAUUCAUCUAUGCAUCAACAAGCCGCGAGUACAAGCGAGCCUUUUGUGCCAUUCUGCACUGCCACUGGAACAAGCCCCGCGAGGUGCCCUUCUUCAGGGACGCGCGUCACGCCUGGCCUGGAAGGGCGGGACACCGAAGCAGCUGUCCCGCUGUUUCCCCGAACAGCGAGAUCCGCUGAAAGUGCGUCUCAUCUAUAUCCUAGUCAUUUGGGCACCGCAACUGUCCAUAGCGGUUAGAAAAAAGGCCCAGCUCAAGUCUAACUAAAGAGACAUUGAAAGCCUGUUCAUGAGCACAUUUCGCAGAACAUCAAUAGAUAUGAUGUAUACAUCGUGCACAAAAGAGAUGAAGGUCUCUGAGAAGAAAUAUUCAUCUAUAAACACUUUUUUCACCGAGAAAGACUACGCCGGUAUAGUCACCUGAAUCCAAAAUCAUCAAAGGCUCAUGACUUCACUCCGUUUUCACGCGUUCAUCUGUGCGAAGAUCCCCUAGUGAAGAUAAUGCACAGCAUGCUCAACGGCAAUGCACACGCCUUAGUCACGGGUCUCCAUUUGAAGCAAGCAAGGUUUAAAGAAAACCAGUAUUCCACAGCGGAGCUGCUUAUGUAUACAUCCUUAAUUUCUUUGUGCUGCUGUCCGAACAUGUAGAACCGUAGUGCCCUCUAGGGAGCAUUGAAAUGACUACCAUUAAUAGGUAUACGUUGAGUCGAGGCUGGCGUGGUUCUUCGGAGGUAUUGGAACAUGGUGAGAACGGCAACGAGAGCAGACACGGCAGCGACACCGUUGGCUGUCAUCUACUUCCACAAUGGCCUCGAGCUGCGUAACAUGGGACAGGAGGCGAAACGUGGGGUGUUCAAAUAAGACCCUCUGCACCAAUGCUUAUCGGCCGCGCCCACCGAAGAAGACGGUCGGCGCAGCCGGCGCGCCGAGUUUGCCCGUCGCGGGAGCCGAGCGCCGAAAGGCCCCCGCUUCAACGUGGAUGCCACGCCCGCUGUGCGCGUUAGUUCUGGCCAGAGUCCUGCAGCUUUUGGCGCUGGAGUUGGGACGUUCUUGCAUGCCCGGUCUGUGACAGGCUUUGUGGUUGGACUCUAAGGAGCCAAGAAGGCCACGUUCAGCCCCUAAACUUCUGCAGUGUAAACUUCGUUUUCCUUCUUCACCAAGUAUCAAUUAUUUACUUGUUUCAAUUAUUGCAUCAAUAGCUAAAAUGUCAAUUGUGACGUUGAAUGCCGCCUCGGGUAACGUGGCAUUAAAGCAGAUAUUUGCUGA